GGUGAGAGGAUUGCCGGUUACCCAAAAUAUGGCGAUCCUGACCACAUCGCUCUCUGGGAGGAGCUGCUGGAGCCCCCUCGACAAGCCUACUACCCCCCGCCAGCCCCGAGUCUGAAGAGGUCAUUCUAUGACCCCUUUGUGACCUGUGACAGCAGCUUUGACGGUGAUGAGGCCGACAGCUCUGAUGAACAAUCGAUCAUGAGUCCCGACGCUAAGAGGAGACGGACUACACAGUCGAUCAGUACAUUGGAAGUGUGUUAGAGGUGUCUUAACAGCAAGGAGUCAUGGCGCAUGGUGUUGGGACGGUCUGGAAUAUUUUCUUGGUCUUUUCCCGGUUAUUGGUUAGCGGCUCGCUGGCAUGCGGGCUUGAUGAAUUGCUUGACGAUGGCAUGAAUGGUUCGAAUACCAGGCUCAACAAUUACAGGUGUUUCAGACAGAAAAGUCCAUUGAUGCUCGCGCAUCGUGGUGGGUUGGCAGUAGGCCAGCGUUCUCUUUUCUUUUCUUUUUGCUUUCUGCGGGGAGCAAGGGGCAACAUUGUCCGUCUUUCUACCUCCACAUUCUCCAUGAUGGAUGACCGACGGGCACACCCCUCCCUCUACGUUUCCCAUUUUUCAUUUUUGGACUCGGUAUAGAAAACAUUGGGCAUACCGGCCCCGACGAUUCUUCGUCUUUCACGCCGAUAAGGCUUUCAUCUCAGGCUGCCUUUUAGCAAGCCCCAAAAUGUAAAUACGAAUUGACUGCCUAGGUAACUCAGGUAGCAAGAUCAAGCUGGUCAUCCAGCUUUCAUCCCAGAA